UGGUAGACUAUCCUAUAUAGGCACUAUUUACAAACGUUCCUAUAGAUGUCGUCUUUGGAGGCAAUAGAUGCCGAGCAAAGCGUUGAAAAGCUGUCUCCAGAAACGCAGACACAUGUGGAACUUGCGGAGAAAGAUGUUGAAGUCAAGAAAACUUCGGAAAAGGAUUUGCUACCGUGGAAUACGGGCGAUGUAGUUUGGGCAAAGAUACCUGGUCACCCAUGGUGGCCUUCUUUGAUCACGUUUGAACCUAACACUACAAUUUAUUACAAGAUGAAGGGUAGAGCUAGGUAUUAUCAUGUUCAGUUUUAUGGUACCGAUAUGUUGAGAGGCUGGGUGACGGAAAGAAAUGUCAUCAAGUAUGAAGGAAAAUCACAUUUUCUUUCUCUAAAUCUCUCCAUUCAUGGCAUAAAGUUGUUCAAAAUUGCCAAUAAGCAACUGCCUUUAUGGGAAAAUGCAAUUAAAAAAGCAGACGAAGUUUGUUCUUUAACCUCACAAGAAAGAUUGGACUCUUUUAACACAUUAAAACUAAAUGUAAAUUGUGCUGCCAAACCAGAAAAUAAAGACAAGCCUUCUUUAUCAAUUGAUCAGCAAUUAAAUGGUGACACAUUUCAAACUUCAAUAAAAGAUGAUAAAAUUUGUGAUAAAACUGUUCAAGCAGCAACUACAACUAUGCCAAGCAAAAAAUUGAAGACAACAAAGUCCAUUGAGAAGAGUCGCAAAAAGAUAAAGAGUUGUGAAAACAGGAAUCAUAAGAAAGUAGUAAAGGGAGUUCAAAAGAAUUUCACACAAAUAUUUGACAAUGAUUCAAAGGACAAGGACCAUAAGUGUACUGUCAAUAAUGAUAAUUCAAAUAAGACAACUCCUACACGAAGAAAACGUGGUCGCCCUCCUAAAGACCCUAGCCAUGCUGCAAAUUGCAUCAAUUCAUUGCCAAAGAAACCAAAGAUAACUUCACCAAAACGGAAUGGCUUUUUGCCGAAAUUGAACUCUUCGUUUGCAGAUAGCGAGAGGUCUGAAACUGGAAGUGAUUGCAAUAGCUUUUUGACUAUGGACAUGACAAGUUUUGAAGAGCCAAAGAGGCUAUCGUUGAAAGCAUGGAAACUUAAAGAAGGUGUUUGUGCCGUGUGUGAGAAACCAGAUGAUCUAAUCAUUUGUGAAGGUGUUUGUAAAGAGACAUAUCACAAAGCUUGUCUUUGGAGUACUGAUUAUAUCCCGGAGAAACUUAUUUGUGAAAAGUGCACCACUGGUACCCACGUAUGCUUUGUUUGUGGAAAGACUAAUGAUCUAGUGAAGUGUUCAUUUUUACACUGUAAUAAGUUCUAUCAUGUGGAAUGCCUGCAGAAGUAUGAUGUUAAAAUUGACGAUAAUAACGUAUUUGAAUGCCCUCUUCAUCAUUGUAAUGUAUGUGGGAUUAACAAGACGAAAAACAAAAGACGUCUAACACAAUGUACUCGAUGUCCAGUGGCUUAUCACAGUGCGACAUGCAUUGUGGCAGGAUCACUUCCAAUCACAUCACAGUAUAUAGUUUGUCAUAGACAUUUCACAGCCGAUCCUAAAAAGGCACAUCACACGCAUGUGAAUGUCAAUUGGUGUUUUGUUUGCUCCAUCGGAGGAGAACUGAUUUGCUGUGAAAGAUGUCCGGCAGCAUUUCAUCCCGAGUGCAUUCAAGAAAAGGGAAUUCCUGAAGGAGAUUUCUAUUGCCGUGAUUGCAGGACUGGCAAAGAGCUGUUAUACGGGGAAGUUGUCUGGGUCAAGUUUGGAUUGUAUAGGUGGUGGCCCGCACAAAUCUGCCAUCCUAACUUUAUUCCAAACAAUAUUCAACGAAUGAAGCAUCAACCAGGGGAGUUUCCUGUCGAGUUUCUUGGUUCUCAUGACUAUCAUUGGAUACAUCGUGGUCGUGUUUUCUCUUACCAAGAGGGAGACAAAGGGUCAGUUGGCACAGGAGGAAAAUAUUUGGGAGAAAUAUUCAAAAGAGCUCUAGUUGAGGCCCAUGAAAGAUACGUAGAAUGGGAAAAGAUCCAGGAGGAAAAAGCUGAAAGAGACUUGGAGAAGUUAUCAAAGAAACCCGCUGCUUAUAAACACAUUAAGGUGAAUCGAUACACUACAGCAUCACGAUAUGAUAUUGAGGAAUCCGAGUGGACAUCUUGCGACUGUAACAUUAAUGAUGAGGAUCCAUGUGGACCUAACAGUCAUUGUCUUAACCGCAUUCUAUAUGUUGAAUGCUCGCCAUUGAAAUGUCCAGCUAAGGAGAAAUGUCAAAAUCAAUGCUUUGUAAAAAGACAGUACUUAGAUUGUGAACCCUUUCGUGCUCCAAAACGAGGCUGGGGUUUGAAAGCAAAAGAAGAUGCGACGAAAGGACAGUUUGUAAUAGAAUACGUGGGCGAACUUAUCAACGAAGAAACAUGUCGUGAACGAGUGAGAAAAGGCAUCUCAGAUGGUGUAAUGAACUAUUACAUGCUGACUAUCGAUAAAGAUUGCAUAAUUGAUGCUGGACCGAUGGGGAACUUUUCUCGCUUCAUGAACCACAGUUGUGAUCCAAACUGUGAAACUCAAAAGUGGACAGUGAAUGGCGAAGUUCGUGUGGGUUUGUUUGCAAAGCGAGAUAUCAAAGCUGGAGAGGAACUUGUGUUUGAUUAUCAACUGGAUUGUUUGGGCAACGAGAAGAAAAGGUGUUGCUGUGGAUCGGAUAAUUGUAGUGGUUUUCUCGGAGUUCGUCCAAAGACCCAGCACGCUUUGAAACUUUUGGAAGAAAAGAAGAAGAAUCAGGAUUCAAAGAAGAGUCAAGAUUCGAAGAAGAAAAAGAAAAAAACAGCUAGUAAAAAGAACAUUGAUGAACAUGAAGAUGAAUGUUUUGACUGCGGUGACGGCGGAGAAUUGAUAAUGUGCUCAAAGACAGGAUGCUCGAAAUGUUACCAUCUGUCUUGUCUUACCAUCGAUAAAAUACCACACGGUGAUUGGAUUUGUCCCUGGCAUUUUUGUGAUGACUGUGGUAAGGCGGCAACUAUACGCUGUCAUGAAUGCUCCAACUCUUUCUGUCAUGUCCACGCUCUUGGACAGAUCCACAAGUUACCGGACGGACAUUAUCUUUGCAAUCAGCAUUUUAUGGAGAGCAAAACUGCUGUCAAUGAAGUAUUAGAAGAUAAAUUGUUACCUUCGGCUGAUUUUAGGUUAACCAAAGACGAACCGGAGACCAGUGGUUCGGUUCUCUCAAAAAAUGCAGACGCAUCUUCGCAUCCCAACACUAGUUUUGGUGAAAACUUUCAUUCAUCCCAAAUUUCAGCCCGUGCGAACCCCAUCAGCAAAACUAUAGAUCCUCUUGUUGAUCCUGUCGUCCCCACUAUAGAUCCUGACGUCCCGACCAUUGAUCCCGUCGUUCCCACCAUUGAUCACGUCAUCCCCACCAUUGAUCCCGUCAUCCCCGCCAUUGAUCCCGUUAUCCCCACCAUUGAUUCCGUCAUCCCCACUAAAGGUUCUGUCAUACCCACUAAAGAUCCUUUCCUACCCACUAAAGAUCCUUUCAUUCCCACUAUAGGUCUUGUCAUCCCCUCUACUACUGCUAUUGAAUCUAAUAACGUCUGUAAGUCGAUAAAUGACAUUUUAGAUGGCUUCCCUGAAGCAAAUGCCACAAUGAACGCCAUUCCUAGUUGUGAUAAACUGAAUACCAUUUUAUCAACUGCAGUCAACUUGGAUCCUAUAAGUGAACCUACAUACCCAACCACUACUAUUUCGUCUGUAAAUGAUGAACCCGUUUAAAAUGUAUUCAAGGAAGCGUGUUGUGUGACAAGUAAAAUGGGUGAUUUUUAUCUAAAUCAAGAAAAUUUUAUCGGGAGUUUAAACCUACAGUCCAUGUCUUACCGUAAACAUGGUCUUUUAACAGCUAUACUUAGCAUGCUUUGCCAUAUUUUAGGAACAUUGACUAACUGCAAGUUUCUUCAAAGGAAGCAUAGUUUAAUUCUCGUUUUUCACAAGUAAUUUACUUUUCUUUGGGAACUACAUUUGCCAGACAUUUUUCUUUCAAAAGGUAAAUUGUUAGUGUAAUGUAUUGUAUUAUACUGAGACAGAUACGUGAGAUCAUAAAUAUUUUCUUCGACUGUGUAAUUUUAACACAAUACUCGCCACUUCAAA